AUGCAAGCCGUCAAGAACACCGUUGCCGAGAACUUGGGCAAAGUCGUACCAAAUACACACAGCCUCGCACCUGAAGAUAGCCAGUUCUCGCUCGACCAGGUGCCCGAUCUCUCCGGUAAAGUCGCCGUUGUCACGGGCGGCUCUGAAGGCAUCGGCUAUGGUGUCACACACACCCUCCUCUCACACAACAUUGCGAAGCUCUUUAUCAUCUCCCUAGAGUCAGACAUUGCAUCGGACGCCAUCAAUGCCAUCAAAGGCGAGAUGGGCGAAGAAGCAGCCAACAAAGUCGAAUGGCUCCAAUGCGACCUGAGCGACUGGGAACAGACCGGCAAAGUAGCCUUCCAAAUCACCGACAAAACCGAUCGCAUCGACAUCCUAGUCAACAAUGCGGCACGCGGCAUUAUGACUGUGCAAUUGGACAAGAACGGCGUGGACCAGCACAUGUCAACGAACCACAUCGGUCACGUAGUACUAACCUCCCAUCUCCUGCCCACCAUCAAAGAGACUGCGAAGAAAGGCAACAAAGUCCGCAUCGUGAACCUCGCCUCAAACCUGCACGAGCAGACACCUAAGGAGACGCAGUUUGAAAGCAUCGAAGAGCUGAACAAAGACUACGGUCCCCAACCGCAAUACGGCCGCACAAAACUCGCUUCCCUUCUAUACGCAAAAUACCUCGCGCGCCACCUCACCUCUCAGUACCCUAACAUCCUCGCUAACGCGACACACCCCGGUAUCGUAGAUACGCGACAAACAACGGAGCACAUCCACGAGGCGUGGCCGUACUUGGGGUACGGUAUGAGCGUGGGGAUGCAGCCGUUCAAGAAGAGUCAAUUCGAGGGCGCGGUGUCGACCAUGUUUGCGGCGACGAAGACUGAAAAGAGCGGACAGUAUAUCACGCCGCCGGCGAUUGUGGAGCAGGGUAGUGACAAGGCGAAUGAUGAGGCGCUGGGGGAGAGGCUGAUGGAUCUGACGUGGAAGGUUGUGAAGGAGAAGACGAAGAGUCAGUCGAGUGAUAAGGGAUGUCCGUUCAAGGAAGCGUGA